AUGAUGCUUUUUGUGAUCAGCUUGGCAGCUUUGGUGUGCACCAUCCCUGCACGGCCUCCACUCAGCUACCUGGAGAAUGAGUCAAAGGAGGUACACUCAGCUGCCAUCAAGAGGCUUUUGGAGGUUUUUGGGAUGGAGGACCCUCCUGCUGUCCAUGGACACAAGCAGGCCCCUCAGUACAUGCUUGACCUGUACAACACCGUUGCAGAUGUGGACGGUGUGACCAGAGACCCCUAUCUUCUGGAGGGGAAUACUGUGCGCAGUUUCUUUGACAAAUUGCACAGUGAACAGGUGGAGUUCAGGUUCAAUUUGUCCACGGUUGCUAGAACUGAGAAGGUUCUCACUGCAGAGCUCCAUCUUUUCAAGCUAAGACCUCAGGCAACCCUGACAUUCAACAGACACCAUUUCUGCCAGGUGAGUGUUUAUCAGCUGCUUGACACCAGCAGAAACAACAGCACACAGGACAGGAAGCUUCUGUCUUCUCGACUCAUCCCAGUCCACUCUACUGGUUGGGAAGUGUUCACCAUCACACAAGCAGUGCGCUCCUGGAUGGUGGAUGAAGGCAGUAACCUGGGGCUCCACGUGGUGGUUCGGACCCUGGGAGGAAGCAUGAUGGAUCUGAAACUGAUCCGCUUCGCAUCAGGAAGCAACCACCACCAGAGUAAACAGCCCAUGUUGGUCCUCUUCACAGACGAUGGCCGCCGCUCUGCUACUCUUGAAAGCAUAGACCCAAAUGACACCACAGCCACUUCCAGCCUGCCCCAUGCCCCAAUGUUAGGUCCAUCCACCCGCAUCGCCCGCUCCCUGGACUACAGCGAGGAGGAAGGUGCGUCUUUGCCCUGCCAGCGCCAGCCCCUCUAUGUCGACUUCGAGGAGAUCGGCUGGUCAGGCUGGAUCGUGUCUCCCCGCGGCUACAACGCUUACCACUGCAAAGGCUCCUGCCCCUUCCCUCUGGGGCAGAACAUGAGGCCGACCAACCACGCCACCGUCCAGUCCAUCAUCAACGCUCUGAAGCUGAUCAAAGGCAUUGAGAAGCCGUGCUGCGUGCCCGACAAGCUCUUCUCCAUCAACCUGCUCUACUUCGAUGAUGAUGAGAAUGUGGUGCUGAAACAGUAUAAUGACAUGGUGGCUGGAAGCUGUGGCUGCCACUGA